AUGGACGAGGACGACGAGGACAACGCGGACAACGACGUUGACUUCCCCUCAGCCCCGCCUUUCUCGAAGGAUCACAACAAGGCCCCUACCCUCAACUACGGCCAUCUCAUUACCGAGCGUUGCUCAAGGGUUAGUGUCGCCGAGGCAUUGGCUUGCUCGGCCCGGUUUGCUCUGUCCUCUCGCCGAAGCAAGGUCUCGGCGAGCGAAGUAGUCACAAACACUACCGGGCUUCAACUCGAUGCGCGCGCUUUCCGCCGCAUCAGAUUGAGCUCGCCUGACAACGUCGCGGCCACCAUCAUCUUCGUCAUCUAUCUCUUUUCUUGUCUCGCAAGCUCUUCUUUCGACCCUAGCAUUCGUAAUCAUCAGCAUUCUCGCAUAUACUUCUCGGUCGUCGAGCCUGUACAUUGUUUUCUCCUCUUCAUGAUUACUGAUGAACCCUGA